GGUACAGAGAACCAGGAAGUUAACAUUUUGUUAUGACAAGUCGUAAAAUGAACUUUGAUUCCAAUGUUUAUUUAUUAGACUUAUGUAAUAAUUAGGGUCAUUUGGACCACAAUGGCUGAAUGCAAGAAAGAACACGGGGAAUGUGGGAAAGGCUGUUUCGUUGAUUCAGCGAUUCAUGUGGAUGUCAAGGACUACUAUGGGAAGACCCUGAAGAAAACGUCUGACCUGAAGAGUAAUGCCUGCUUAGCCCCGUCUCAGCCCAUCCCAGCCUUCAUCCUCAAGGCUCUGAAGAAGAUCCAUCCUGAAGUCACAGCCAAGUACUAUGGGUGUGGGCUGGUGGUCCCAGAGUGUCUGGAGGGCUGCAGGCUGCUGGACCUGGGCAGUGGCAGUGGGAGAGACUGCUACAUGCUCAGCCAACUGGUCGGGGAGAAGGGCCACGUCACAGGCAUCGACAUGACUGAGGACCAGCUUGAGGUUGCCAGAAAGUACGUGGACCACCACACGCAGGAGUUUGGAUACGGGAAGCCCAACGUGGACUUUGUUCAGGGCUACAUCGAGGCUCUAAAGGAGGCUGGACUCAAGGAGAACUCCUUCGAUAUCAUCAUAUCCAACUGUGUGGUGAAUUUGUCCCCAGACAAGAGAAAAGUAUUGAGUGAUGCUUACCACGUGCUGAAG